AUUUACUAUAAAUAAGUGCCGCAUGUCCAUAGCUUUAACCCAUCAUCCUCUCAUUUCCUUCUGAAAAUGUCUUCCUUACAUUUCACCUUCUCAAUCUACCUGCUAACCUUUGCUCUCUUUCUCCAAACUAUUUUUGGAGACAUCCCUCUCUACAAUAUCUGUUCAAGCUCUGAGAACUUCACUUCCAAUGACCAAUAUGAAUCAAACCUAAGAAAGCUCUUAGGUAAUCUAAACUACCAAACCCCUUCCCUUGCUUUCGGUCUUGGUUCAGUUGGUUGGUACCAAUACCAAACUUAUGGGAUUGCUCUUUGUCGUGGAGACGUUGCAGCCGCAGACUGCAAGGCGUGUGUUAAUGAUGCCAGCAAUGAAAUUCGCAAACUUUGCCCAUAUGAUAAAGGUGCGAUUAUAUGGUACGAUAAUUGUCUUUUGAAGUACUCAAACAAGGAUUUCUUGGGUCAAAUUGAUAAUGAAAACUGGUUCUCCAUGUUGAAUGUGCAAAAUGUGAGUGAGCCAAAUAUAUUUAACCAGAAGACUAGGGAGUUAUUGAGCCAACUAGCCAAGGAUGCAUCUUUCACCACAAAAAAGUAUGCAGCUGGAGAGCUAGAGCUAGGAAAAUCAACCAAACUGUAUGGCUUGGCUCAAUGCACAUGGGACCUUUCUACCAUUGGAUGUUUGCAGUGUCUUGAUGAUGCAAUUGGUCAACUUCCUAGUUGUUGUGAUGGGAAAGAAGGAGGGAGAGUUAUUGGUGGGAGUUGCAACAUAAGAUAUGAGAUUUACCCGUUUGUUAGUGCUUAAUUAUAAUUCAAGUUCUCUAGAUUUCAGGAGCGAGUUUAUAAUCAUUUACUUUUGGAGGGAUACUAGGGAAUAAUGCUAUGUAAUUCUUUAUUUCUGUUGAACCAAUGUAUUUGUAAAAUUCAUUGCCAAUAAAAUGUAUUUAUUUUA